GGCAAGGCAGGCGGGGAGGUGGAAGAUGGCGGCGGGCGCGGGGGCGCCGGACGGGGGCCCCGAGGGGCCAAACCGCGGCGGCGCCUUCGCCUGCAAUCUCUGCCUGGAGCCCGCGCGCGACGCCGUGAUUGGCCGCUGCGGGCACCUGUACUGCUGGCCCUGCCUGCACCAGUGGCUGCUGACGCGGCCCCGCUGCGCUGUCUGUGGGGCUGGGAUCAGCCGUGACACCGUCGUGCCCCUCUACGGGCGGGACAGCGCCCGCCGGGACCCCCGGCUGGAGACCCCCCCCCGACCCCGUGGACAGCGCCCAGAGCCCGAGACCCAGGGGGUGCCCCCCGCCGGCCCCGGCAGCAGCUUCCACGUGGCCUUUGGCUUCGGAGCGUUCCCCUUCGCCUUCUUCAGCACCGUCCCGCAGCCCCCCCCGACUGGCACAGGGGAUGCUGGGGACCCCCCUGCGGGCUCGCUGGACUCCGUCUUCCUCUUCAUCGCUGCCGCCUUCUUCCUCUGGCUGCUCAGCGUCUGACCCUGGGGGGGGCUACAUGGGGUGGAGGGGGUCUCCGGGACCCCACAGAACCCCCCCCAACCCAGCUGGAUGCUGCAGGAGCCCUGGGCCCCCCCGCGGGGUUUUGCUGCCCCCCAGCCCCCCCCCAAACUGUGAUUAAAGCUGCACC